UACGACCCGCCCGUCGCCCACAGAAAAUAUGCCAAAGCAUCGAUCACGGUCUCUGUGCUUUCAAUUCUCAAUUUCGAAGCCGAAGGAACGAAGUCUCCUCUCCACCGCAGGAACGCAGCUCUCGGAAUCCAUGGCGACUCCGCAGAAUCUCGCUCGUUGAAACUUGAAACCCCGCUUGACUAAUGGAGAACCGGAGGCUCGCCGUCCUGUGCUCGCAUCUCCGCCCUGUCGGCUCGGGCUCGGCCUCCAGCAGGUUGUCCACUUCCGGCUCCUCUUUCGGCUCGAGCGAUGACGGUCGCGGGAAGAAGCAGACGUCUCGCGAUCCCGGCGACCGUAGCUCGACCAAGGACUGCGUGUUCUGCUGCAUCAUUCGCGGCGAAUCCCCCGCCUUCAAGCUCUAUGAAGAUGAAAAGUGCCUAUGCAUAUUGGAUUCAAAUCCUCUGAGUCAUGGGCACUCUCUGAUCAUUCCAAAAUCUCAUUACUCUUCCUUGGAAGCCACGCCUCCGAAUGUGGUUGCUGCAAUGUGCUCAAAAGUUCCAUUCAUUGGCAGUGCAAUUAUGAGAGCCGCUGGUUGUGAUUCUUUCAACUUGUUGGUUAAUAAUGGUGCCGCCGCUGGACAAGUCAUAUUCCACACUCACAUUCAUAUAAUCCCCCGAAAAGCCAGUGAUUGUUUGUGGACUUCAGAGAGCUUGCGAAGGCGUCCGCUUACCUUCAACCAGAAUGCCUCUCAACUCGUCAACCGCGUGAGGGAGGAGUUGUCAAUAUCAAACGUGUCCGAGGAAAGCAAGGGCCAGGAAUCUACUCUCUCAUAACAUUAUUGGGGUGCAUUCGCUUUGUUGUAAAUUAUUACAUAAGCUUGUUCCAAGUUCCUCGUUUGUAGCAUAGCCACUGUCAAAAGGGUACAUUACAUGUGAAUCUGGUGUGAAGAGUCGUAAACUGGACUGGUGAUUUGCUUCGUAUGCAACAUGGCAGGGAUUUUGACUGUUUCUUCUCUUCUGUUCUGCCCUUUUCAACUUGAUGAAAUGUUAGAAUCCUCUAUCCCGAUGCAGAGGAAGAUAAGAUAAUGUGGUGCCGACCGCAAAGGGCCAUGAUUCACUGAAGUCACAUUUAUAGCGCUUACGUAAGAACAUAUCUUAAUAGUGAUGAUGAGCCAAUAUCUUUAUCCGGCAAAUGAGCCGGUGUCUAAUUCAUUUUAAUGUAAUUUCCCACAAAGGUUGGGAAAAUCUAUUAAAAAAAUGAUUGCAGACAGGCACUGGGUUGUAGAGAUGACGUUUGAAGCUGCUAAACACUGCCCUAGUUGUUAUUGGAUUUUGAUCGUGUUUAUUUGAUAUAUGUUUGUUU